AUGGCAACUGCUCCUCAAUAUCCAAAAUACAAUACUACCACCACUAACAAUGGCAAUACUACCACCACUAACAAUGGCAAUUCCAUCAGCAAUGGUACUGGUUCAUUGGAACGCGUAUCUUCACUCGACGAAACUUCCCAAAAGAGUAACACCAUCUCGCCUUCCCAAUCGAGUAUUUUUUCCCAGUCCAUUGUUAGAAAUGGAAUGAUUUACCAAAGUACUUCGGAAUUGAAUUUGGAAUCUUUGAAAAGUUUAAACUAUUCUAAAGAUUUACGUACUUUUACACAAUUGAGAGAAAUUGCCAAUGCCAGUAGUACUAAUACUAUCCCAUCAGUGAUACCUAUCCCCGUCGAUCAAUCUUUAAAAGUAGACAACACGAUUAAAUGUUCGUUAUAUGGUCGUUACUUGAUUAAUUCGCCUCUUUUCAAUAAACAUACGGCCUUCACCAAAGAGGAAAGGUUACAAUUUGGUCUAACUGGGUUAUUACCUUCCAAGAUUGAAACUUUAGAAGAACAAUUGGAUAGAGCUUAUUCUCAAUUGAAUAGUCUACCGGAUAAGAUUUCCAAAAACGAUUACAUGUCAGUUUUAAGACAACAGAAUAAAACGUUAUAUUUUGCAUUGAUCUCUCAUCAUUUGAAAGAAUUGAUUCCAAUUAUUUAUACACCCACAGAAGGAGAUGCUAUUGCGGAAUAUUCUAACCGUAUUAGACAACCAGAAGGUUGUUUUCUUGAUAUUAUGGAUCAAGAAUCAAUACCAGAAAGAUUAUCUGCAUUUGGUGAAGCUAAAGAUAUAGAUUAUAUUGUUGUAUCUGAUUCCGAAGGGAUCUUGGGGAUUGGUGAUCAAGGUGUUGGCGGUGUUCGUAUUUCCAUCUCCAAGAUGGCGUUAAUGACAGUUUGUGGUGGUAUACAUCCGGGUCGUGUGUUGCCAGUUGUUUUGGAUGUUGGUACCAAUAAUCAAGGUUUAAUUGAUGAUCCAAUGUAUGUUGGUAAUAAAUUCCCUCGAGUAAGAGGUGCUGCAUACGAUGAAUUUAUCAAGAAAUUCAUUGAUGCUGUGAAAACACAAUUCCCCAAUGCAGUGUUACAUUUCGAAGAUUUCGGAUUCCCCAACGCAAGAAGAAUCUUGGACAGAUAUCGUGAUGAAGUGAAUUGUUUUAAUGAUGAUAUUCAGGGCACGGGUGCUGUUGUGAUGUCAUCAUUGAUUGCAGCUUUGAAUCAUACAAAUCAAGUCUUGAAAGAUAUUAAAGUGUUGGUGUUUGGUGCUGGUACUGCAGGGUUAGGUAUUGCGGAUCAAAUCGUUAGUCAUAUGAUUCAAACUGGUAUCUCUAUACAAGAGGCUCGUUCCAAGAUAUAUCUGAUGAAUGUUAAUGGUAUCAUACUGGAAUCACAAGAAGAAAUUUCGACUCCGGGUCAAAUGUUAUAUGCUAAAGAUGAUAAAGAAUGGGAUGGUAUAGAUACUAAAUCGUUAUUUGAAGCAGUUUCGAAGAUAAAACCUACGUGUUUGAUUGGUUGUUCGACCGUGGCAGGUGCAUUUAAUGAAAAAAUCAUUAAAGAAAUGUAUAAACAUAAUGCAAGACCAAUUGUUUUCCCUCUAUCCAAUCCAACAAGAUUGCAUGAAGCUAAGCCGGAAGAUGUGAUGAAAUGGACCAAUAACGAUGCUUUGAUGGCUACUGGGUCACCAUUUGCAAAUGUGGAUGGUUAUAGAAUCUCUGAGAAUAACAAUUGUUUUUCAUUCCCUGGGAUUGGGUUGGGUGCCCUAUUAGCACGUUCUACUCAUAUUAGUGAUUCGAUGAUAUCGGCAGCAGUAGAUGAAUUGGCAUCUCUAUCUCCUUUGAAGCCUGGCGAUUCCAAACCUGGUCUAUUACCCAAGAUGGAUGAUAUUAGAGAAACUUCAGCAAGAGUGGCCACUGCUGUUUUAUUACAAGCGAUAAGGGAAGGCAGUGCUAGAGUGGAACAUUUUGAUCCAACAGAUGCAACGGCUGUCCGAACUGUGAUUCCAAGAGAUUUCGACGAAUGUUUACAAUGGGUACAGUCAAGAAUGUGGAAUCCAGUGUAUAGACCAAUGGUUAGAGUUUAUUAG